GAAAAAUCGUCCUCUGUCGAGAUCACGAAGUUACGACAAACUCAUAAAUAUUAACUCGUAUGUCUUGUGUGUUCAAAAUUUAUUACAUUUAAACAGUGAUAAGCAUGUUUAGUACAAAAUAUUGUUUUAAAAAAAUAUAGAAAAAUUUAAUCAGCUUUAGUUAAAAACGAAAAAUACUACUACUUAUUAUUCAUACUUUAUCGGUUUAGUUUAUUACAGUAUUUUGAGUACAAACCUACUCUCUUUACAAAAAUAAUUUAACUAUUUCGAGUUAUUCUGUUAAUAAAUAUUAAAAUUUUAUCAAUUAGUUUUCGGCACAGAUAAAUAAAAUAGACGUUCAAUUUAUGUGUGUGGACACGUUUGUAAAAUAUUGUGAUUGUUAAUAAAAGAUGUGACAAACAUUUUUGACUAUAAACUUUGAGAAGAAAAUCUAUUACUGUUCUUGAUUGUUUCCAAAUAUGUUUCUGCUUUCCGUUUACUUCCUUCUCCUGUGGUUUGUUCUUCCUAUGACAGAUGCAGAAGAGAGUAUCAGCGGCAAAAAAUUUCGGGACUUUCUCCACGAAUGGCCCACACCAGGCACAGGACCGUAUUUCGACACUUCUGUCGACUCGAAUAUCACCGGCCUUGUUGGCAACACUGUCCUCUUGCACUGUAGAGUGAAAAACUUGGGAAACCGAACGGUUUCCUGGGUGCGUCAUAGAGACAUACACCUUCUUACAGUAGGUAGAUAUACGUACACGUCUGAUCAACGUUUCGAAGCUAUCCACACUCCUCACACUGAAGAAUGGACUCUCAGAAUACGAUACCCACAGAAGAAAGAUUCUGGUAUAUACGAAUGUCAAAUAAGCACCACUCCACCCGUUGGACACCCUGUAUUUUUGACGAUAGUCGUUCAGCAGUAA